UAGAUAAUUUUUCACACCGACGCGCAAUUUGUGCUACAAGCACGUCCAUGGUUUGAGAUAUUUGGAUCAAUAAUAACAGUAGGGCAUGGGGGCGGCAUAACGUUCAACAUGGUGCCAUCGGGUCAAAUAUUCCUUCAUAAUACGCGUUCUGUUGAUUAAAUAGUGACUGAAGCAGUGGUUAAAACGAUGGCUUGGUGUGCUAAUGUGGUGCAGGCAUCAUAAACGAUUUGAAAAUGCCUCUGGUAGACAUAAUUCGACGUGCGUCGACUUACAUCCUGGGCGUUGAAGAUCACUUCUCAAAAGACGCUCAAUACGAAGAUAAUGAAGUUCUUUUUUGCAAAAAUAAUGUCUGCGUACAUCCGCCAGCAAUGGUGCGCCAAGACACCGACAUACUUCAUCAUCCCGGCUAUCUUACCAUCACAUCCAAAGUCUUCGUUGAUCAAUACAACGAGAGCAGAAGACCCACCCUUUUUCUUACUUGGAUACCUAAUUCGGCUCUUACAAAAUGCCCAAGUGCAUUGCAGAACUCUUACAACCACAACAAGCAAACCAGCAUGGAAAGUCUUAACUCUAACGAUUCUAACGGAAGUAUUCCAGAGCGUCCCGCCAGUAUUGAAUUGAAAAGUACUAACCCUUUUUUAAACUGCGAUAGCACUACGGACUCUCUAAGUUCCGAAGACAGUGACAAACAAGGCACUAUCAUCAAUAUCAAUGUUGAUAUUGCUAAUCCUGACAUAGAAAUAGUUACUACACCCGAUAGUGUUAAAGAUCCGACUGAAAAAUUUGACUUUUCGAGAUCAGAGAGCGUGACUUCAAAUGACAGUCAAUUAAAUUGGAUAACAACACCGGAGUUCCUAGCACAAAAGCACAAUUUGAUGUUUCCUGAAAGCAACAAUUGUUCACCAGUAUUGCCAACAAAACAGCCGCAUAAAUGUAGAAGAUUUAGUGUUGACUUAAGUCAGAUGAGAUCUCUACGAUUAUUUUUUAAUGAUAGUAACUGUACUUGUGGGCAGCUUGUUGUAGCAUCCAGAGAAUCUCAAUAUAAAAUUUUACACUUUCAUCAUGGAGGGUUGGACCAUUUGGCUCAAGUUUUACAUCAGUGGCAUUCUUUGUUACACAACAUCAAGCAUGCCAAAGGUUAUGAAGAGAAUCUUCCUUAUCGUCACUUCAUGGUCUGUCGACCAGAAGUAUCCGACUUGGAACUCCACCCAGAAGAAGGCCAAGUACCUAAACUAACAGAAGACAUCUUCAGAAGUUUAUUCAAUGACGUAGGCCACCUUGAAGAUGAUCUCACCCUACGAAAAUCGAUUUUCUUUUCUGGAAUGGAACGUAAUCUUCGCAAAGAAGUGUGGCCUUUUCUUCUACACGUGUACCCUUACCAAAGCACUUACACGGAACGCAGCCAAAUUGCCGAAAUAAGACGUCAAGAAUAUGAUGAGAUCACAAGACGUCGUCUCGAUCUCUCCGGCACUCAGCUCAACCAGUUCCGCAGGAAAGUACAAAGUGUUAUAGAAAAAGAUGUCGUAAGAACUGACAGAGGCAACCCCUUUUUUGCGGGCGAUGACAAUCCCAAUUUAGAUGUUAUGAAAAAUAUUUUACUAAAUUACGCUGUAUAUAAUCCAGGGUUGGGCUAUACGCAAGGUAUGAGUGAUUUAUUGGCACCUGUUCUUUGCGAACUCAAAGACGAAGUGGCUGCGUUUUGGUGCUUUGUGGGAUUGAUGCAAAGGGCUGUUUUUGUUGCAACGCCUACGGAUAGAGAUAUGGAUAGGUCGUUAAGGUAUUUGAGAGAGUUGGUUAAGCUGAUGGUGCCUCGUUUUUAUGAACAUUUAGAGAAGCAUAGGGAUGCUACAGAACUGCUUUUUUGUCAUCGCUGGAUUUUGUUAUGUUUCAAACGGGAAUUUACCGAAGCAGUGGCCUUGCGCAUGUGGGAAGCCUGCUGGGCAAACUAUUUAACGGACUAUUUCCACUUGUUCCUGUGUCUCGCUAUAAUCUGUGUUUAUGCCGAUGACGUUAUUGCUCAAGAUUUAAGGGCCGAUGAGAUGUUGUUGCAUUUUAGCUCUUUAGCAAUGUAUAUGGAUGGUCAAGUUAUCGCGCGAAAAGCUAGAGGGCUGCUUCACCAGUUUAGGCAACUGAGGGAAAUCCCUUGUACGCUGUCGGGGCUCUGCACGCGAUGUGGCCCUGGAAUUUGGGACAGUUCGCACAGUCCUAGAAUUUAUUGCUCAGGACAUGAACUUCCUGGGCAUUGUAACAACUGCAUAAAUUAACAUUCAGAUCUUGUCGUUGAUUAGAAGCAAAUCAUUGCAAUUUUCGAUUCGGUCGUUCGUCCUACGGAAAAUUGGAUCAGAAUUCAAUAGAAUACGUACAGUGUCAAAAACAUAGUGAACUAGUUAUGUGUUUUCUUUCUUCUUCUAUUAUUAUUAUUAUUGAUAUAAAAAUAUAAUUUUAUAAAAUCAUAUUGUACAUACAUUUUAUUAUACUUGUUUAUUGAUCAUCAUAUCAAAAGAAAAAUCAUGAUACUGAACUGUGAAUCUGUAUAUUAACUAAAUCAUUGUUAUAAUCGAUCUGCAAAACUGUACUUAAUUAUUAUUAGAAAAUAAAAGCUUGGCAUGUGUACUGUUGACAA